GGCGUUCGUCUGAAGUCGGUGUAUUGACACAUUUAUUGUUGUUCUGUUUACAAUCUCUGCCUUUGAGCGGCAAAUUUGUUGUCGUUUCGAUCAUCGCAGUAGCCUGCUAAGUGUAUCUUUUUAAGGAAGAAUUCCCGAGAUCUGUAACAAGUUUGUACUUCAACAAGUAGUUUUUCUACCCAGAAAUAGCUUCCGCAUAGGCAAUAUUGUACUUCCGUGUUUCAUUGCAUAUUUUUAUGGAAAUAUGGAUUCGUAUAAGGCAUUAUGCGAAAUAUGUGGUAUCAGUUUUACGUUCAGGAAGGAUUUAUACAGACAUUUGAGAGUAUUUCACGACAUGGACGUAAAUUUAGAUAAGGAUAAAGAAACAUGCGACUUGUGUGAUAGAAAGUUUUCGACUAUCGCUGCCCUCGAGCGUCACAAGAAAACUCACAGACCCGCUCCACAAAAACUGUCGUGCACGGAGUGUGAUGAUUUCAUAUGUCGUACGAGGGAGGAACUAAGAGGUCACCUGGAAUGUGAGCAUGGAAUAAGUAUGGAAACUAAAGAACUGGAGUUUGAUUCAAUGGAACAGUUUCUGCAGUGGAAAUUGAAGAUGGAGGGUGAUGAGAAAGUUUUCUUUACAAAGAGAACUGGUGAAAGGAUGGUUGACAGUGAGAAAUCCCGUUUAUACUACAUUUGCCACCGUUCGCGAUCUGCCGUGAAAAGUAGUUUUGGCAAAAGAUUGAGAGCAUCAAACAAAAUUGACCAAACAUGUCCAGCAUCUUUGAUAGUGACAAAGAUGCCAUCAGGCAAAAUAAGUGUCAAAUUUUACAUGACCCACACAGGUCAUAACUUUUCUGUGGGGCCUCUCCAUUUUGCUCAUGCUGACAAAGCAAUGGUUACUGGCCAAAUAGUACUUGAGCCCAAGAGUAUGUACGAUGUUACUGUGAUGGAAGACAGUGGCACAACAUGGAAGCAAGAAGUACAGCACAUCACACCAGGGCCUGUCAUUGUGACGGUGGAGGAAGUAGAUGCCAUGUCAUGGCAGCAAGAGUUGCUACACAGCACACCAGAUUUUUGUGGAAAUAUGUGCGAAAAAUGUGGUACCAGUUUUACAUUAAGGACGGACUUAUACACACAUUUGAGAGCAUUCCACAACAUGGACAUAAAUUUAAAUAAGGGUAAAGAAACAUGUGACUUGCAUGAUAAUAAAUUUUUGACUGUUGCUACCCUCGAUCAUCACAAGAACAUGCACAUACCUGCUCCUCAAAAACUGUCAUGUACGGAGUGUGGUGUUUUUAUAUGCCAUACCAGGGAAGAGCUAAGAGGUCACCUGGAAUGUGAGCAUGGAAUAAGUAUGGAAACUAAAGAACUGGAGUUCGAUACAAUGGAACAGUUUCUUCAGUGGAAAUUAAAGAUGGAGGGUGAUGAGAAAGUUUUCUUCACAAAGAGAACUGGUGAAGGGAUGGUUGACAGCAAGAGAUCUUGUUUGUGCUACAUUUGCCACCAUUCAAGAUCUGCCAUGACAAGAAGUUUUGGCAAAAGAUUGAAAGCAUCAAACAAAAUUGAACAAACCUGUCCAGCAUCUUUGAUACUGACAAAGAUGCCGUCAGGCAAAAUCAGUGUCAAGUUCUACAUGACCCAUACAGGUCACAACUUGUCUGUGGGGCCUCUCCAUUUUACUCAAGCUGACAAAACAGUGGUUACUGGCCAAGUAGUACAUGGGCCCAACGACACUGAUGGAAUUACUGUGGUGGAAGAUGGCACUGAAUUAUGGCAGGAAGACCUGGAACAACACAGAUUACCUGGACCUGUCAUUGUGACUGUGGAGCAUAAUAGUGCCAUGCCAUGGCAACAGGACCAGCAGCACUUCACACCAGGUAUGAGGUGGUAAAUUCCAGGUGUCAGCACUAAGCAAGGUGUUGCUGUGGAGCAUAGUUAUGCUAUGCCAUGGCAUUUAGCAUAGCGAUACAGCACAUGAGUGUAACAGCCUCAGCAGUGCUGGGUAGUAUCAACUCCACGUGAUGGUAUGGGAUCAGAAAUAAACAUGUCAGGGAAACCCUUCUGACAGUUUUAUCCCAGAUGUGUGGGUUCACUGUUCGGACGCAGGAGCAAAUCUAGUCAUGGUCAGGCUAUCGGCACGAGCUGCGCCAGUUGCCAGCUACGCUGCGAGGAUGGUGUCGCGACAGCAAAUGACGGAAGCAGUGGCAUUCGGUCACUGAUUCACUUCCUUUUUCUGGCUGGGUGGCCAGUUCUUAGUAUAUAAUAUGUUACUUCUUUGUUCCAUCAUACUGUAUCUGCAUUACAGAUUAAAAUGUAUUUUCUGGGCUCAACAGUAAUCAAGAGUAGUCCUGUGAAGAAGUGCAAUCCCAUGCAGUGGGAGCCACAACUGUAUCGCAGCACACCAGGUAGACGAUGUUGGCACAUCGAAGGAUGGCGAUUCAGCUCCAGCAUCUUGCAAACUGAAGGUGGAUCUUGCAACAAACAAUGUUGCGGAUGUCUACAGUAACCGUAUAUUUAUAGUGAAUAAUCCAGCAUCCUCACGGACAGUUCAUGAGUCACUAGAUAUUCAGACAUCCACACCUAGGUCCUCAACAACUAAGAAAAGAAAGCAAAGUGAAGAAUAUGGAUCUGCAGUUCAGCUGAUAGCAAAGGCACUCCAGGAAGAUGUUGAUGGUGAUGGUGAUGAAACAGUCCUGUUUGUUAAAUUUUUCAGAGCGGAAAUUAAAAAAAAAGAAGUCAUCUGAGAUUAUAACUAAUGAAAGUAUUGUAUCGAGAUUGAUGAAUAAAUUUAAUUUUGAAAUGUAA